CCAGUACUCGAUCCCAGAAAGAAUGAGUAUGAUCUUCUGGUCAUUGGUGGAGGGUCUGGAGGCCUUGCUUGUGCAAAAGAAGCCGCUCAGUUUGGAAAAAAAGUGGCUGUUCUGGAUUAUGUUGAACCUUCCCCACGAGGAACUUCAUGGGGACUUGGUGGAACUUGUGUGAAUGUUGGCUGCAUUCCUAAAAAGCUUAUGCAUCAAGCAGCCCUUUUAGGGAGUGCCCUUAAAGAUGCCCAACACUAUGGCUGGAAUAUAUCCCAACCUGUUCAUCAUACCUGGUCUGUGAUGGCACAAGGUGUUCAGAAUUAUGUGAAAUCCUUGAACUGGGGACACAGAGUGCAACUACAAGAAAAGAAGGUGAAAUACUUCAACAUAAAAGGAAGUUUUUCUGAUCCACAUACAGUCCGUGGUGUAACAAAAGCAGGUAAAGAGGUUGUUGUUACUGCAGAUAAUGUUGUCAUUGCUACUGGAGGAAGACCAAAAUACCCUACAAAUGUUGCAGGUGCACUGGAGUAUGGAAUCACAAGUGAUGAUCUGUUCUGGUUAGAGAAAUCUCCUGGAAAAACGUUGGUUGUUGGAGCCAGCUAUGUGUCCCUUGAGUGUGCUGGUUUUCUGACAGGCAUUGGAUUGGACACUACAGUCAUGAUGAGAAGUGUCCCACUUCGUGGGUUUGAUCAGCAAAUGGCUUCCUUAGUAACUGAGCACAUGGAAUCUUAUGGCACAAAAUUUUUAAAGAGAUGUUUCCCAACUAAAGUUGAAAAAUUGGAGAGCAACAGAUUGCAAGUCACUUGGAAAAAUGCUGACCUGGACACAGAAGAAACCGAUUCUUUCGACACCGUGAUGUGGGCAGUAGGCCGAGCCCCUGAUACCAAAACUCUCAAUCUGGAGGCAGUUGGAGUGAAAACUAACUCUGAAACUGGAAAGAUUAUUGUUGAUGCCAGUGAAGCUACUUCUGUUCCUCACAUUUAUGCAGUUGGAGACAUAACAGAGGGCCGUCCUGAAUUAACACCCACAGCAAUAGCUGCAGGAAAACUGCUGGCUCAGCGCCUUUUCGGCCAGUCUGCAGAGCUGAUGGACUAUGACAAUGUGCCUACCACAGUCUUCACUCCCUUGGAGUAUGGCUGUGUUGGCCUGUCAGAAGAAGCAGCUGUGCAACGUCACGGAUCAGACAAUAUUGAGGUAUACCAUGCAUAUUAUAAACCUUUAGAGUUCACAGUGGCUGAAAGAGAUGCAACUCAAUGCUAUAUAAAAAUGGUGUGCUUACGAGAGAGGGAGCAACGAAUACUUGGCCUUCAUUUCAUUGGACCAAAUGCAGGCGAAGUUAUUCAAGGAUUUGCUCUUGGAAUCAAGUGUGGUGCUACCUAUGCUCAGAUGAUGAAGACAGUUGGCAUUCACCCCACCUGUGCUGAAGAAGUUACCAAGUUGCAAAUUACAAAGCGUUCUGGCCUGGAUGCAACAGUCACAGGCUGCUGAGGUUAAAUACCAUCCCUGGAAAGAAGGAAAAAAAGCACAAAACAUAUUUGUAAAGAAAAGGGGCACUUGAAGUUGGAACAGCUUUAAUGGUUCAGGUUACAGGAAUCUUUGGUUUUCUCCUGUAGAAAGCUUUUUCUCACAGCUGAAAAAAUUUCCUUGCACCAUCACAGUUCUAAAACCAAUGUAGUCCUGCUGCAACAAAUCUCUAAGAGCCCUAAGUUCUUCUAUUUGGGAGCUAGGGAAUAAUCACAGUAUUUUAUAUCCAAAUAUAACUAAAGCCCAUGACAUCUGAGGCCAUCUACAAAUGAAGCAGUUGUGAUUUGGGUUUCCUUGUUGGCCAGCAGAAGAGUCUCAGAUGCUGGGAAUCAGAGAGGGCAUCCCAUAAAAGUUUGGAGGGAUGUUUUGUGCUGCAUGCUUGGAUUGCUCAUUACUGAUCCUAUAUUGAACACUGAGACCCUGCAUUCACUAGUGGAAAGAAGUUCCUGGAGUGCACAACAAAGGGUAAGCAGUCAUCUUUGGGUUUUUUCCUUUAAAAUGCAAUAUGUAAUGGAAUUUAAUAGAAAAAUCACCUGAAGUUGUACUGCUGCUGGCAGAAUCACAAUGGAUUAAUCAGUAGCAGCCUGGUCACAGUGUUCUGGAGAGGACUGAGAAUGAAUGAUCUCAGAGGUGCUAAAGAGAGAGUUGAAUUUUAUGGUGGCGUCUCUGCCUACUCCUGAAAUUUUUAAUUCAGCUCAGUCCAAACUAAAUUGACACAGCUCACAAAUUACUACUUGAAAAGUGUAUAUUAAGCUGACAAGUAAAGUAAAACCCUCUAAUAAUCCACCUUAUGCAGCAUUUUCUGGUUUAUAGAAUGCAGAAAUAUGGCUGACACUGAAAUAUUUUCUUGGUUUGUUUUUAAGACUUUCUUACUGAUGAGCAGGAAACUAUAUCUGAAGUGAUUAUGUCUGGCUUUAAUAAAACACUUUACUGAAGGGAACUACAUUAAGCAGUGAUCCAGAAGAGAAAUGGUCCUGCCCUGAGCAAAGAUAUAAAAUAAUCAUCUGCAACUUUUUUUUUGUUUUUUGUUGUGUACUGGCCCGAGUAAGAAAGCAUUACCCUGCUGCAGAUUCCUGCUGAUUUUUGUGCUCUCCAGAAGGGGGAGGUGCUGGCUCAUCUGUGGUAGGAGAGGAUCAAAUCUGAGAGUGAAGCUGCUUGUGCAGAGCCCUGUUCAGUGUAGCCUGCCAAAGGCAAACACAAACCAGUCUGCACUGAAUUUCCAUCCCAGUCACAGUUUUGCACCCUUUACAGCAGAAUAGCAAACAUUGGAAGAGACCAGCUUCAGGUGAAACAAAAUACAUCCUUUUUGCAGUUAAUUUAUAUCCAUAGUUUAUGUGUGGAAUUUGUUGUUUUAAUUCCAAACUUGUUGCAGUUUUGAAGAAUAGUCUGAUGAUCAUGUAUCUAUAUCUGCUGUUUUAAUGUGAUUGGUAUUUCACUGCUGCAGCAACACAGAAAUAUGGUUGGUUUGUACCAAGUGUGAAAUAAUUUUUACCAUGAGAAUUGUACCUGUCUGAAACUAUUAGACAAAAGGGAUCAAAACUUCCUUGUAAAAUAGGAUUUAACAGCAUUUAUCACACUCUCAUUUAUAUGAGAAUAUUAAAUUUUCAAAUUUUUUUUUUUAGAAUUACAACAGCAAUUCUUUUGCUUAAACAACAGCAAAAGAAGUCCUAAAUGUUUUCUCUAUAAAUUUUCCUGAUUUUUUAUUUUUGGUCCAUGUUUCUUGUCCAUAAAAUAGAAAGAAGUGAUACAGUUGGACUCCAAGUGGCAUUCCGUAUCAGAUCUGCUGAUGCCAUUUUUCAUCUGUGAAGUCAUCCAUAAGUUUGUAGUUGACAAGAAUGUUUGGAUUGGAAGUGUUGUUGAAAAAAUGCCUGAAUUUUGCAGCUGCCUUUAGAAGAAAUGAUGAAAACUAUUUCUAUAUAAAUAGGUACAUACCUGCACAUUCAGAAGUUUCUGUUUCCUUUAAUAAAGGGCCUUAUGAGUAUGGUGCAGCCAAAACCCUUGCUAAAUUUUCCUCAACCAUUUACAAAAAAGGAGUUCAGAAUAAAUUAGGGUUGCUUAAAAUGUUUUACUUAAUAUUUCAAAAUACGGAGAUACAGCCUAAUAGCAAUUUUGCUGUGAGAAACAGCUCACCUCUGACAAAACUCUAACCUUUAUGCAUACAAGUUUUUCUUUCCAGUUCCUUUUGUUUCCCAGAAAUGAAAGCACUGGUGUUUAACCAUGUCAAAUCUGCUUCUCUUCUCUGCCCUACAAAUACAUCCAGCAGAGUUGUCUGUCCCUACAGACAAAUCAAUGCAAAGAUGAGUUAAUUUCAUUCAUCAUAAAGUUCAAAUUAAUUAUUUAGCAAAUAGAGAGAUCUCAAGGAAAAGUGUCUUCAGUGCAUAUAGAGUGUGAAACUAAGGCAUGUCUUGGUUUUCAGAAGAAACAGAACUGUCUUGGUUUUAGAAUUGCUGAGUGGCCUGCAUGAAAUUGUUCCUGUCUCUUCAACAGCAGCCUGGUUCUGUUCCUCAUUUAGUGGAAAAUGCUGUUGCCCCCUGAAAUAAAACAAAGCAUACAAACCCACCUACAUAAUAAUGUCAGAAUCAAUGGCAAGACAGAAUAAUGACAAAUAUUGUGAUUGUGCUUUUUUUCCUGAAGGAUUCACCAGGGAUGGUGCUUAAGAAUUGUUUUUAAAAGCCUGACCAAUGUAAAUUGAAACAAUUGAUGUACAUUGCAACUUACUGAUUGCAUGUGAAAAAAAAAAUCUAGUUCAGGCUUCUUAGGAUGCCAGCUGAUGAGGAUUUGUUUGUCAAACCACACCGUGGUGCAAACAAGUCUGAGCUUUGCUGGGUCCCUCAUAUGUGUGAUCCCAAUAUUUAUUGUGUUAUGAAUUAAUUAUUAAAUAAAGAAUAUUUUUUCUAGUAAAUGUGUUAUUGCACUUGCUUAAUUUUGUACACAUGAUUUCUGCUUACACUAGAUAGAUUUCUGCUGACAAUAGAUAGAUUUCUGCUUACAAUAGAUAGAUUUUUUUGAUCUUAAUGCUGUCUCUCUUGGUUGAAGUAUGUAUUAAGGAAACAAAGAAAUAGACAGACUCGGACUUUUUAUUAAGGAAAUGUUGAUACCUCUGUGUCUGUGUGUAAACUGAAUAACCAUUGAGAUUUUUCCAGGUUGGAUGGCCUCAUUUUAAAUUCAAGAGAAACUGUAGCCUCGGUUCUAACUAAUAAGGAUAACUAGUAACUCCUAAAAAUGUAAUAAGGAUCAAGAGGAAAUGCAUUAAUUUUCAACUUCACACGAAGGCAAGUUGUACAAACACAGCUGAAAACAUCAGGAAAUGCAAUCAUUUUCCUUAGAGAAAUGGAGUCAAGUAAUGUCCUGCUGGCAGUGCACUCCUGGAUAAUUGGGAAGAUGUUGUUAAGCACAGCAAUUCAGGCAGCAGGGUGUGCACGCUGAUAGCACCGUUCAGUUUGGCUGUCCCAGGCUCCUGCUGGACUCUUGAGUUUGAUGACCUCAGGUGCUCCUUCCCAGUGCAACUUCAGCUGCUCCAGUGCAGGUAAUGAAACCAUUUAGAGAAGAGAAUUCCAAAGAACCAUCUGAGAAGAUUCUUCACCAUUGCUGACAGACAUUUUACUCAGUGGAGCAGAUCUCUUCCUGGGAACUGAUGGCUCUUAUUCCAAUGGUGAGAUUACCUUGAUUCAGCUCCACUUAAACACAGCUGCACCAGAAGAAUUCUGUGGUUCAGGAGCAGUGGGACAUGUAGUUUAUUCUGCCUGCACUGUGACACUCAGGAUGGGACACCUGCGUGCACAAAGCCUGAGCAAUCUCUGAGGUGAGGCCUUGUACACACCUGUGCUGAGCAGUAUCUCCAGGUGACCAGUGAGGGCUACCUGGCUUUCAGACUGUACCAUGUGACAUAACAGGAAUUAUGCCUCACCCCCCUAAACCUCCUAAAUAGACAAUAGAGGGAACUAAGCACUUCCAUGUGCUGGUUUGGAUCUCACAUGGGCUGUAAAGGGAGCAGAAAAUUCCCAGUGGGAUGAACCUGUGCCUUGGGUAAGUACUGGCAACUGUCAAGUGACUUCUUUGUGCUCGUGGAGCUCUAAGGCAAAUGAAUAAACAAACAAUGCUCUCUUCCCAUCUCUGCCUUGUAAAAACAUAAGGAAAAUAACUUUUAUACCCUUUGUUAGGAUGUCAGUGCCAGAGUAAAAACACCAGCCAUUUGUCCA